AUGGAUUACAUGAUUCAAAAUGGUGAAACCAAAUGGUUGAUAACACUGAGACAAAAGAGUUUCCAAGCCGGAAAGUCAACAACACUGACAAAGUUCUACAGAAUCAAGGUGAAGAGGGAAAUCAGGAAGGCAAAAAAACAGUUUUACAAAGUCAACACCGAGAACCAGAAAAACCACAACCCCAAGUCCUGGCACCGGAACAUCAAAGUCAUGUGCAACAUAAAACAGUCAUCCAAGCACAUCCCCGUGCCGGGUGUUGACCAAAAUAACUUCACUGCCAUAGCUGACGCGAUCAACUCAAAACUCGCCAGUGUAUCCCAAUCCCUUCCACCUUUGGACACAUGCUCACUUCCAGCCUUUCUACCGGCACAUCCAGUACCAACCAUCCAGGUUUGGGACGUGUAUUCCAAACUCAAGUCCACGAACUGUAGCAAGAGCCCUGGCCCAGACGGUGUCCCUUCGCGCAUUCUCAAGGAAUUUGCGUGCGAGAUCAGCGGACCUAUCUGCGACCUGAUGAACGCAUCCUUUAGAGAAGGAGUCGUCCCACGGCAGUGGAAGGAGGCCUAUGUGGUACCACUUCCAAAAUCCACACCUCCCGACAUUAACGAACUCAGACCGAUCUGA